UAUUGUUGCACACUUUGUAAAUAAAGUUAAGACUAACAGCAGUUUUUUUUUUGUCUGGAAUCUUACCAUUAAAAUACGAUUAAAAUGGAUAUUUUGAAAGCAGAAAUCGAACGGAAGCGAAAACUUCUUGAGGAAAAAAACUUGGUGAGUGGCAACAAAAAAUUCUUCAAACGCGGCGAUUUACUUGCCCAAGAAAAAGAAACACAUUCAGAAGCACACGGCAGACAAAAAGAGAGUACAUCGACACCUGAAAAAAGUUCGGAUUCACAAAUGAAAUCAAAUUUGAGUCCCGAACAGAAGGAGUUACCGCGAAUCGAAGUGAUUCGUCGGUUGCGUGACCGGAACGAGCCGAUCCGUUUGUAUGGCGAAAGUGAUCGCGAUGCAUUCCAACGUUUGCGCCACAUGGAAAUUACACAGCCCGAAGUGCAGCAUGGUUUUCGCAAUGAUUUCAAAGAUGCGAUGGACGAAGUGGAUCAGCAAUAUUUGACGGAAAUCCUUGCUUCAUCCGAACAAAACCAACAGAAAAUUGAGGAACAACAAGAGAUUGACGCACUCGACGAUUCAAUUACUUACGAUAAAAUCCUAGAGAUGGCCAAACGCUUGGGCAGAGGUAACAAAGACCAUGAUCAUUUGGUGAUUGCCACACUGUUGGAAUUUCUACUCAAACUAUGGAAUGCACAAGUGAAUUCACAAAAAGAUCGUUCGACAAAUGUAAAAAUCGCCCGUGCUACUUACAAUCAAACAAAAGUAUACAUGAAACCACUGCUGCGAAAGCUGAAAACACGACAAAUCCCAGACGAUAUUCUGGACAGUUUGGUCGAAAUCAUAAAACAUUUACUGUCCCGAAAUUAUAUUAAGGCAAGUGAUGCAUAUUUGCAAAUGGCCAUUGGAAAUGCACCGUGGCCAAUUGGUGUAACUAUGGUUGGUAUUCACGCACGUACGGGUCGUGAGAAAAUUUUCUCCAAGAAUGUGGCGCACGUCAUGAAUGAUGAAACUCAACGGAAAUAUAUUCAAGGACUCAAACGACUGAUGACCAAAUGCCAAGAAUACUUUCCAACUGACCCAUCACGCUGUGUAGAAUAUGUGAACAAAGACAAGAAUCCAUAACAUCCGGCGAAUGAAACACAACCCACCAACGAUUUCAUUUGAUAUUUUCAUUAUUUUAAACAUUUCUUUUUUUAUUUAGAAUAUUUUCAUUGUCAACAAUAAAAGUAGCGAGUCGGAACAGA